AGAGAGAGACAGUCAUCAUGUGUCUAUAGAAACGGAAGUUACAUGAAUGGUUUAGUCAGAGAAUUUCCCAGACAGGGGGGUUUGCCGACUUUGUAAGUGUUAGGCCUAGUUACAGUGGGCAACAGGAUAGAUCAAACAGAACUACAUGGGAGUUUAUAUAUUCAUCAUGAGUCCCUCAAUGUCAGAGAGUCAAUAACAGCCAGGUUGUCUCUUCACAUGGUGUCAAAAGACACAGAAUUCACUGGAUGGGCUGCACUCUUGGACUAAGUUCACACUGUUUCUAGGACAGUUUAUUUCUCUUCCAUUCAGUAUCACCCCUUUGCUUCCUUCUUGCAAUGGGCAACUACAGUUCGGCUCUUACUGCUGAUAUUGAAGACUUUAAAGCCAUCAUAUCCUCUGGAAGCCCAUCCGCCAGGAGACGGGGCACCAUUCGCAGGUCCCAAUCAGAGAUCCUCCUAUCAUCCUCCCAGUCCCCAAUCUCUGACUCGUUCCCGCCUGUAAUGCCCUGUGAUGAGUCACAGACACCUGAGCCAGAGGAGACUAAUGGACCCGACCUGCUGGCCCUCAAGUUCCUCAAUGUGGUGGACGCCCCAUUUGCUAGUGCCAGCGCCAGUCCUCCCUCGACGCCUGCCUCUCCGACGCUCUCUUCAGUUGGUUCUGAUACCAGGGCAGGGGGUAGAAGCAGCGUCAGUGUUACCCCCUCCCCGGCCUCCUCGCCCCCGUCUCUGUUCUCUGGGGCGCUCUCGGCCGUCCUCCACCAGCCGGGGGCGACUCUGAGGGUCACCCCCUCUGGAUCCCCGAUUCUGGAUCAGCUCAAGCUGCAGCUCAGAGAGAUGAGAGAUGACCUGGAGCUGCUCAAGAGCCAACACAAGAAAGAGGUGAAACUGCUGAUGAGUGAGCUGGAUGAGGAGAAGAGGAUUCGCCUCUCUCUGCAGGUGGAGGUGGACAAAAUCAAGAAGCAACUGUCUAAAUCUUCAUGACAACCUGACAAUGCCGCCGUUCGAAAAGGUCCUUCUCGCAUGGGAAGGUUGUCUUUUUCCUGAAUUCACAUAAUAUCUUUCUUUGACCUCAUGAUGUUUUCCACCGAGGUCAAGGAAAAAUAGUUAGGAAAGGACAUAGGUUGUAAUUUCUUUGACUUAUUUGAGCACUGCUGUAUUACAAGCCAGUCAGCGAGUAUCUGAUCAUCUCCUGUUGAACAGUGAUGCAGUAAAGUCCUGAGUGAGACUACGCAGCACAGCCCAGGAGCAAGUCCCUGACAUUCUAAUGGUUGUUAUGGAGACGAGUCAGCCAAAACAUUCACCUGACAGCAACACAGAUGGAGGAAAGGUUACUUUUAAAGACUCAAAGACCCACAAGCCUUUGCACAUUUACCAUACAAGGAAGCGUUCUUUUCAGGUGAAACAUGAAGGACUGCUAUGUCUUCCAGAAAACUUGGAUAUUGAGUGUAAGUAUUGAGUAUAGUUGAGUGUAGUAGUAGUAGUAGCCUAGUAGUAGUAGUAGUAGUAGUUCAAUCUAUUGACUAUAAUUUUCUCUGCUUAACUAAUUUGGCACAUCUGUGCUACAUUUUCUCUUAAUAAUAAAUAUACAUUUUAAUAGAA